GCCGACUUCGCCGAAUUCCUUCCCUGGUGGCUCAAGUACUUCCACAACAAGGAGGGCCGGAAGAUGUUGGUCAAGCCUUUUGAGGACUUCUACCGCAACGUCCGAAACUUGAAGAACCCUGAUCCGCCUCCGUACCGGAAAGGCAAGAAAGUGGUAACUGCUGCAUCGGGCGCUCCUUCAAAAAAAGAUCACUUCCAGGAGAUGAACACCUUGGCUCGAGGUGGUGCUGCCGGCUUUGCACGAGGUGUGUCUGGUGGCUCCAUGGGAUUUGGUCGACAAGCAUCUGCAGGAUCAAGCGCGGCCGGGGUGACUUGGAACCUUGGCAUGGUGUCCUGGCACCUUGGUUCCUCAUGA